AUGGAACGCGACGAUCUCGUGUUCAAGGCGAAACUGGCCGAGCAAGCGGAGAGAGACAAAAAGUCAACUCGCGUAACGACUUUUCAUCCGAUGAUGCGGAGUUGGCGUGUGUUUGAUUUUGUUUUUGAGAGUAAAAGAGGGAAACGCGAACGGAACGCGGCAUACGAUGAAAUGAUGGAGUACAUGUCCGAGGUUGCCUCAAAAACGGGAGCGAACGAGCAACUCUCCGUGGAGGAGCGAAACUUGUUGUCGGUGGCGUAUAAAAACGUCAUCGGCGCGCGAAGAGCGUCGUGGAGAAUCAUGUCAUCAAUUGAAACGAAAGAAGAGAGUAAAUCGGGCGCGAAUUCGGAAACGUGUAAGUUAAUAAGAGAUUAUAAAGCAAACGUGGAGGAAGAGUUGACGACGAUUUGCGGCAGGAUAUUGGAUUUGAUUAAAGAGCAUUUGGAGGAUGGGUGCGCAGAUGGAGAGUCGAAGGUGUUUUAUAAGAAAAUGAAGGGUGAUUAUUGGCGAUAUUUGGCGGAGUUUAAAGGUGGGGCGGAGCGAAAAGAAGCCGCGGAACAAACGUUGUUGGCAUAUAAAGCCGCGGAGGCGACGGCGGAAGCCGAGUUGGCGAGCACGCACCCGAUUCGACUCGGUUUAGCGUUGAACUUUUCCGUGUUUUAUUACGAAAUCUUAAACGCGCCGGAACGCGCGUGUCAAAUGGCUAAAAAAGCGUUUGAUCAAGCCAUUUCUGAAUUGGACACGUUAGGAGAGGAGAGUUAUAAGGAUUCCACGCUCAUUAUGCAAUUGUUGAGAGAUAACUUGACGCUUUGGACGAGCGAUAUGGACGAGAGCCAAAAUCCGCAGCCCGAGGAAUAA